AUGAAUGCCGAACUGACAAGUCUCAUGGGGGGCUCCCAAUCCAUGUCAACUUGGGACUAUGAUUGCUUUUACGCAUCGGUUUUCGAAGCCGAAAACCCUGCGCUGAAGUCCCUUCCGCUUGCUGUGCAACAAAAGCAAAUCGUCGUGACUUGCAACUAUGAAGCCCGACGACGGGGUUUACGGAAGCUCCAACUCAUCAAGGAGGCGAAGAGGAUCUGUCCGGACGUGGUCAUUAUGCUUGGCGAGGAUCUCACCAAAUUCCGGGAUGCGUCAAAGGAACUGCACGCCUUCUUGAAGAAGAAUACGUGGGGGAACAGGGUGGAGAAGUUAGGCUUUGAUGAGCUUUUAAAUCGACAUGAUCUUCAAAACUCCUUCUUUCAGCUCGACAAAUUUGAUCCAACAGUGGGCUUCGCUUUUGACGCUUCAACAUUUUGUGGUCCCACUUAUCCUGCUGAACCGUGCCCCUCUGUAAAAGAAGACGGAGAACAAUUGUGGUUCUCUUCGCUGGAUGUAGGGUUGAGACUUGGGUCGCACCUAGCAAACUAUCUUCGACACCAACUGGAGCAACAUACACCCUACACAGCCACAGUUGGUAUCUCCACAUCAAAACUAUUGGCGAAGUUGGUGGGAAACCUCAAUAAACCGCGGCUCCAAACGACGCUUCGACCUCCCUAUUCAGCAACAGAUGACGGCCAAGGUGGGAAUGUGGCCAGUUUCCUUGGCCAACAUGAGAUUGGGAAGAUUCCCGGCAUCGGAUUCAAGAUGGCUCAUCGAAUUAGAACCCAUAUACUUGGCCGAGAGCCCAACCUCGAUGUAUACGAAGGCCUAGCGGAAGAGGACAACGUUAGCGUAGAUGUCGUUCGCUCAUUCCCCGGGAUGGGGCCGGUGAAGCUCGACGAAAUCUUUCGGGGCGGUGGUUGGCCCAAAGAUAUUGGCACCAAGGUCUGGGGGCUACUUAACGGAGUUGACGACACAGAGGUGGCUGUGGGAAAGGCUUUCCCCUCGCAGAUCAGCAUUGAGGACUCUUAUUCCCAGGUGGAUAAUCUCCAGUCCGUUCGAAACGAGUUACUUCCGCUGACUCGCAAGCUCCUCCGUCGAAUGCAUGCUGACCUAACUGAGGAUGAAGAAGGCGAAGAGCUUACUACAGGACAUGCCACGGUCCAAGCAGGUAGGCAUUUGCCUGUUAAGAGGAAGAAAAGAUGGCUAGGAUGCCCACGAACACUACGCCUAUCAACUCGCUCACGUCCUCCAUCAUUGCCAGAUGUAGGUCACCAGCUCCACAGCAACAGGAUAUCAAAGUCAUGCCCCAUGCCUCGAUUUGUCUUCUCGUUUAGCGAGACUGUGGAGGCACUGGCAGAACGCUUGGUUGAGGAUACGAUCGUCCCGCUGUUUCGACGCCUUCAUCCAGACAAAUCCGGGUACAAGCUAAGUCUUAUCAACAUCGCUGCGACGAAUAUGAUGGAAUGCGCCGGCUCAGAGAAUAGCGGCGUCGGCCAGGAUAUUGGAGCAAUGUUCCGAAACCAAGGCCCGCGCCCGACUCAGUUUUCAAACUUGCCGGCGGUAUGCUCACACAGAGUAACUGAGAGCCACUUUGAUAAUCAGCAUCAUGGUCUUAAGCAUGUUGUUGAUGGAGAGGUAGAUCAGACACGCGGUGACGCGGCAGUCCUUGAAUGGACAAGCGAUGAAGAUGGUGAAAGCGAGAACUCCGCCACUCCGCAUGACGAGUGCACGAUCUGUGGUGCGUUCAUACCCUGGUUUGCGGUCCAAGCGCAUUCAAUCUAUCAUUCUGUGCAGACAUGA